CGGAUUUAUCCAGUCAUCUCGCUCUUUCUCAUUCAAGUACAUGAAAUCAACAAAGAAAUUUAAAAUAUACAUGUCUAGAUAAAAAAAGAAAGACAUAUUAAAAAUCAAACAUAGAAUGAGUAAAUGAUAAAGAGAGCAAAACUGGUUGUAAUAAAUAUAUAUAUAUAUUUUUUUUAAAAACGCGACAACGUGCGCAUACAUAUUCUUUUCAGCUGCUUUUUAACUUGGUGUAAGUGUUGAGGUCUGUUGAGCUUGAGGUCUGUCUUGAAUUUUGCUGGGUGGUGAUGAUGAUAGUGGACACUUGGACAGUUGUAAUUGUGCUUGCGUUAAGUUAAAAAAAAUUAAACAACAAAAAACAACAACUCAAUUAUAAAAAUUAUUUUACAAAUAAAUAAAAUACGUUAUCAACAUUAUUAAUUAUUACAAGCUUUAAAAUGUAUAAUAAUAAUUAUAAAAUAUAUAUUAAACUAUUUCUUAUCUCUGUUGCAAUUUAAAAAAAAUAAAUAAAAAGAGUUAUUAUCACUGAAGGUGGUGGCAUGGAUGAUUGGUGUUAAUUAUCGUUGUUGUAAAACGAUAAACUCAUGAGGAGUUUUUGUGAAUCUUUGUACUCAAUUAUUGGGAAAAGUUUCCCAAAUGUGAUAAAACAAAUAUUACUAUGUUAUUCAAUUGAUCCGAACAUCAGAUAAAUACAAUACAUCAAUGCUAAACUCAUAAAUCAUUCAUCAAUAAUUCAUUUGAGAAAAUUUUUGGAUUCAUUUUAUCAACUGGAAAAAGGGAACAACAACAUUACACUUGGAUGUAACGAUUUAUCAUUUGUUAAAAUAUUAUUUAUCAAUAAUUUCAUACUGAUAAAUAUUAAUAAUAAAGUUCAACAACAUAUGUACAGGCAUGAUUGAAAAACCGAAGCUUGUACGAUCGUUUUAUCAGUGUAUAGUAAAUAGGUUGAAUUAUCAAAUAAAUAAACCUCAAGAUGGCCAUUGGAAAUGUUAUCUGUGGGGCGAAUAGGCCAAAAAUCAAACGAAAGCAGGCCAAGAGGGAGGAACGAAGUUGGAUUGAAGCUAGUUUUCAUAAACGUGAUUGUGCCAAGUUCAUACCAAGUGCCAAGGAUGAACACAGGUUUGAAGAAGCUCAUGGGGAUAAAAGUGCUGAAUACGACGUGAUCACAGCCUCCAGAUGUUUAUGUGGUCAUUCUUAUACACAUCAUUGUGGAACUGGUGCUGAUGUUCAAAGUUAUGCAACUGGUAGUGAAGCUGAAGCUGAACGUGAACAAUGGUCACCAGGAAAAAAUACACGUUCAUCACCAACUGAUGCAUUUGGUACAAUUGAAUUUCAAGGUGGUCCACAUCCAAAUAAAGCUCAGUAUGUCAAGAUGUCACAUGAUACUCGACCUGAGCCAAUUGUACAACUUUUAUGUCGUGAAUGGAAUUUAGGUCUUCCAAGAUUACUGAUAACAAUACAUGGUGGACGUUCAAAUUUUGAAUUACAACCAGCAUUAAAAAAAGUAUUACGUAAAGGUUUAUUAAAAGCUGCUAAAACAACUGGAGCAUGGAUAUUUACUGGUGGAACAAAUACUGGUGUAACACGACAAGUUGGUGAUGCAUUAUUACUUGAACGAUCACAACGUCAAGGUCGUGUUGUUAGUAUUGGUAUUGCACCUUGGGGAAUACUUGAAAAAAGUCAUGAAUUAAUUGGACGUGGUCGUGAAAUACCAUAUGACUCUGUUGCCUCUCCUUGGACCAAGUAUGCUGUACUUAAUAAUCGUCACGCCUAUUUUUUAUUAGUUGACAAUGGUACUGGUGGACGUUAUGGUGCUGAAAUAAUAUUACGAAGGAAACUUGAAAAAUACAUAUCUAAUUUAAAACUUCAACCAUACACGCACAGUAGUAUACCAGUUGUGGCAUUAAUUAUUGAAGGUGGCACACAUACAAUUCGUUCGGUACUUGAAUAUGUCACUGAUGAACCACCAGUGCCAGUUGUUGUAUUUGAUGGAUCUGGGCGUGCUGCUGACCUUAUCGCUUUUAUGCACAGACGAGCAAUGGCUGGUGAUGGUGAUGGUGAAUCAAAACUUGAAGCAGUUAAAGAACAAGUAUUAGAAACAAUAAAACAAACUUUUAAAGUAUCACCAGAUCAAGCUGCACAAUUAUACUCUGAGUUAUUUCAAUGUGUUCGUAAAAAACAUUUAAUAACAAUAUUUAGUUUAACUCAACAUCGUCCACAAGAACUUGAUCAAACAAUAUUAACAGCAUUAUUUAAAUCACAACAAUUAUCACCAGCAGAACAAUUGUCAUUAUCAUUAAUAUGGAAUCGUGUUGAUAUUGCAAGAAGUGAAAUAUUUGUUUAUGGACAAAAUUGGCCACCAGGUGCUCUUGAUCAAGCAAUGAUGCAAGCACUACAACAUGAUAGAAUUGAUUUUGUUAAAUUAUUAUUAGAAAAUGGUGUAUCAAUGAGAAAAUUUUUAACAAUACCACGUCUUGAAGAACUUUAUAAUACAAAAGAAGGACCAUCAAAUACACUUGGUUAUAUAUUAAGAGAUGUUAGACCACAUAUACCACGUGGUUAUAUAUAUACAUUGCAUGAUAUUGGUCUUGUUAAAAGUAAAUUAAUGGGUGGUGCAUAUCGUGCACGUUAUAAUACAAGAAAAUUUCGUAUGAUUUAUUCAAAAGUUAUGAAAAGAUCUGGUGGUCAAAAUAUACAAAAUUAUCGUACACCAAGUGCUGCAAGUAUGGCACGUUAUUAUUCCGGUGAUAAAAGUCAUGGUAUAACAUUGAGUUUACUUACUGAAACAUUUCCAGCUGAUGCUGAUAUGCCAUUAUUUGAUCAUCCAUUUAAUGAAUUACUUGUUUGGGCUGUUCUUACAAAAAGACAACAAAUGGCAUUAUUAAUGUGGCAACAUGGUGAAGAAGCAUUGGCAAAAGCACUCGUUGCAUUAAAACUAUUUAAAGCAAUGGCACAUGAAGCAGCUGAGGAUGAUCUUGAGACUGAAGUUUAUGAUGAAUUACGUGGUUAUGGAAAAGAAUUUGAAAAUAUAUCAUUGGAAUUACUUGACUAUGCCUAUCGCCAAGAUGAUGAUCAGACAAAGCAACUUUUAACUUCUGAGCUUCAAAAUUGGUCUGGCCAAACAUGUCUAUCUCUUGCAGUGACUGCAAAUCAUCGAGCACUUCUUGCUCAUCCAUGCAGUCAAACAAUUCUAGCUGAUCUCUGGAUGGGUGGUUUGAGAACACGAAAAAAUACAAAUCUCAAGGUUGUACUUGGUUUAUUUUGUGCAUUUUAUAUAUCAAAAUUGGAAUUUAAAACAAGAGAAGAACUACAGCUUAUGCCACAAACACAAGAAGAACAUUUAAUUGCUCUAGAAGAUGAAAAUGACGACAGUGAAUCAGAACAAGGAAUAUCACCUGGUCCUGAUGUUGAGGUCAAUGCUGUUGAUAAAUCUAUUUCACCCAAGGAAAGUUUGAAACGACCGCGCAGAAGUGUCAGCAUUUGCACCAAACCCAACAGCCAACAUGGCAUUAAGGCAUUGAUAACAAAUGAGCACUCAACAGCUCCACCAAGAGAGACAAUUGUACAAGAAAAUGGAAGAGUACGUGCUGAUAUUGAUGAAAAUCUUCAACGUCCAUAUGGCAUAUUAUCAGAGUAUUAUGAUAAUAAAACAAACCGACCUCUAAAACUUAAAAGAAAAUUAUGGGAAUUUUAUACUGCUCCAAUAACUAAAUUUUGGGCAAAUGCCAUUGCUUAUAUAAUAUUUUUAAUAUUAUUUUCAUACUGUAUUCUAAUUAAAAUGUUGGAUCAUCCAAGCUGGGCUGAAGUUUAUGCAAUUGCAUAUAUUUGUACACUUGGCUGUGAAAAAGUACGUGAAAUAUUAACAUCUGAGCCUGCAACACUUUCUCAUAAAUUUAGUGUAUGGUCUUGGAACAUGUGGAAUCCAUGUGAUGCUGCAGCAAUUAUAUUUUUUCAAAUUGGUCUUACAUUGAGACUUCGUCCUUCGACAUUUGAUGUUGGACGAGUUAUGUAUUGUGUUGAUUGUAUUUAUUGGUAUUUGAGAAUAUUAAAUAUUCUUGGUGUCAACAAGUAUCUUGGUCCUUUGGUUACAAUGAUGGGUAAAAUGGUAAAGAACAUGAUUUACUUUGUCGUAUUAUUAGCAGUUGUAUUGAUGAGCUUUGGUGUAUCAAGACAAGCAAUUUUAAAUCCAAAUUCUGAACCAAAAUGGAGAAUUUUACGAGAUAUAUUUUUGGAACCGUAUUUUAUGCUUUAUGGUGAAGUAUACGCAGAUAAUAUUGAUCCAGAUUGUGGUGGUGAUCCAGGAAUGCAACCAUGUGUUCCAGGUAGAUGGAUAACUCCAAUAAUAAUGGCAAUUUAUCUUUUGGUUGCAAAUAUACUUUUAAUAAAUUUACUUAUUGCCGUAUUUAAUAAUAUAUUUAUUGAAGUUAUUGCAAUUGCCCAUCAAGUAUGGAUGUUUCAACGUUUUACUGUUGUUAUGGAAUAUGAACAAAAACCAGUUUUACCACCUCCAUUUAUUAUAUUUAAUCAUGUAUAUAUGCUAGUCAUAUUUAUAUUUCGUAGAUAUGUAUCGAGUAAUAAGAGAGCACGUGGUGAAUCAUAUGAUAAUAGAUUAAAGCUAUUUUUAGAAAAAGAUGAUAUUGAAAGAUUAUGUGAUUUUGAAGAAGAUUGUGUUGAGGGUUAUUUUCGUGAAAAAGAACAAAAAUUACAAAUGUCAACUGAGGAACGUAUUAAAGUUACAACUGAAAGAGUUGAAAAUAUAUAUCAAAAAAUUGAUGAUAUAAAUAAACGUGAAACAAAUCAAAGUGCAGCAUUACAAGCUGUUGAAUUUCAAUUAAGAGAAUUAGAAAAAUUAAAUCAACAAACACUUGAUCAUCUUGCUGUUAUACAUCGUUUUAUGGCAACACAUGUGCCAAAUGAAAAUAUGUCAAGUUUAGAUUUAGAAUUAAUGAGACCAAGAAGAGUUUCAGAAAAAUCAGAAGUUAUAUCUGAGGCUGAAUCACAUUCACAUCUUCCUGGUUUAUUUCCAAGAAAAAAAUUAAUACGUGCAUUAACUGAUACAACAUCAUAUCAUCAUACAACAUCUUCUCAUGCUGAAGAUGAAUUAUUAAAACAAUCAGAUAUACUAACAUCAUCACGUGAAAAUUUAUGUAAAAAUGAAUCAAUAUCAAGUGGUGAAAUACCAAAUACAGAUAUUGAUGAAAGAAAAAUAAUAACAACAACAGCAACAGUAACAACAACAAGUCAUGAUGAUAGUGGUAAUGAUAAUAAAGAUGGACCAGAAACUGAAAUGAAAAAAUUAGAAAUUGAAAGAGAUGCCAAUAGUGAUGUACCAAUAUCAGAUUUACGUCAAGAUUCAUGUGAACGACCAACAAGACAAACAAGUCGUACACGAUCAGAGAGUGAUGAUGCUAUUAUGUUUUCAUCAAAUGGUUAUCAAAAAGGUGUUAAAUGGGUUGAACCUAGAGUACCAAAAAUAUCAUCAGCAUCAAGUCGUGAUAAUCAACGUUCAAUAUUAUUAACAAUGAGAUCUGAAUAUACAAGUAUAACUGAUGAACUUGAAAAUUAUUGUGGUUUAUUAAGUCCACCAAAAACACCACCAUCAUCACCACCACCACCAAAUAGAACAAGAAAUGUAACAGAAAUGAAUCCACAAAUGGCAUGGCAAAUUGAAAAUGAACAUUUACGUGAUGCUGAAGAAUGUGAUUAUCAACAAAUGGAAGAUUUAAUGAAAAGAAGAUAUUUAAAAGGUGAAUAUGAUUCAAUGGAAAAUGAUGAUACAGAAAAUGAACAAUUUUUUUUUACAACUGAAAAUAAUUUACGUAAAAGAGGCCCAGCACCAACAAUAAGUGUUACUAAAGAAAUUGAACAAACUCUAUCAAGACCACCAAUACGUGAUUCAGAUACAUCAGAUCCAACUGAUCAAACAAUUGUUCCAGCUCCAGCUUCUGAAACAAUGUGUUAGUUUAUUGACAAUUUUUUAUAGUUAAUUUUAAUUAUCCUUCGGUUUUUUUUUAGACGAAAUUUCAAAUUGAAUAGUCAUUUUAUAAACAAAAAAUUUAUUAUAUCAUUUAUACAUAUUUUAAUUUAUUAGGUAAACGUUUUAAAUGCACAGUAGAUUUUUUUUUUUUUUCGAUUUUAAUUAUACAAUUUUAUUGGCAUUUGUUGAUUAUUAUUUUAUUUAUUAUUUUUAAUGUCAACUAAUUAUUUUGUACAAUUGAUAAACGAUGCAAUUUUUUUAAAUUAUAAUAUUUUGGAAUUAUUUAAAUAAUCAAAAUGAUAAUCAGUAUAGAGUGUUAUUAUAAAUUUAAAUAACUCAUCCAAAGGUGUAAUGAAUUUAAAAAAAAAAACUAUUUUUUCUCAGUAAUUAUUAUAAAAUAUAAGUAAAUUGUGCAUUAUAGAAUACAUAAGUCAUUUUAUACAUUAAUUUAUGCAUUAUUUAUUCUCGAGUAUAUAUUUUAUCAUAAAGCUCAGAAUAAAUAAAUUUUAAAAACACAAAUUUCAUGGGCAUGUUACUUUAAAUUACACAAUGAAAUUGUCAUAUAUUUUUAAUUAAUUAUAUUUUUUUAAAUACAUCUGAGAUUUUUUUUUAAAGUAUAGUCUGCAUGACAUUGUAGAUACAACUUUUAGGUAGAAAUUAAAUUUAAAAAAAUCAACAAUUGAAUAGUUAUUUUAUCAAAAUAUUUAGCCUUCGUAAGGGUCCCAAUAAAAUCGUGUACAAAGAACCAGAAAUCAUGUCUAUCAAUUUAGAUUAAUAAAUAAUACAAUAAUUAGAUUAAAAAAAAUAAAAUAUAUUAAGCAGCUACGUAAUUGUAUUUUUGUGUUUGUCAUAAAUUAGAAUGAAUUGCUCAAUUCAAAUGUCGUCGUAUUAAUAUGAAAAUGAAAUAUAUAAAAAAUAAGCAAAUAAUAAAAAUAAAAAACAAUAUAUCUUCUAUUUUCAAUUGACAAAUAAAUAAAUAAAUGAAAACAUCAAUUAGCUGGUUUAUAACUCUGCAUUUUAUUUACUAUAUUAAUUGAUAUUUAAAAAAAUUAUUUUUCUGCUCAAUAAAAUUUAUAAUUUCAAUGAUAAAAUAUAUAUUUUUAAUGCCAU